CACUUGUAGGUCUUGCAGCGGCGGGACCUGUCACUCACAAGUGCGACCUCCAAUCGGGGCGCCACUUGGCGUCUUGACUCCUCCCCAGCGGAUUAUUGAAGUUUCUUUAGUUUCUCCAGUAAGGCAUAUCAGGCAGUUGAGCUUGAUCAGCGUGCGGAGAUAAAAGCACCUCAAGCUGCGCAAUGUUUGUCAGGCACCUCGGGUUGAGUGUGACCCUUUUUCUGUGGAUUACCUCCUGCUGGAUCUGGGUGGACGCGGCUGUUCGGAGACAAGACGAGUCCUUCUUCACCGGCAGCGUGUAUAAGGCCAGAUGCACUUCGCGGUGCCUGAGCCUGCACAUCACUCGCAUCUCUGCUUUCUUCAAACACUUCCAGAAUAACGGAUCUUUGGUUUGGUGUCAAAAUCACAAGCAAUGCUCCAAGUGCCUGAAGCCAUGCAGAGAAGCCUGGGAUCUGAAGGAGAAUCAGUGCCAGAAUUUAUGUGAACCUCUCUUUCCUAAGAAACAUUAUGAGUGUUUAACAAGCUGUGAGUUCCUGAAAUCCAUCCAGUCAGUGAAGCAAGGGGACUGCCCAGCACCUGAGAAGGCCAGUGGCUUUGCUGCAGCUUGUGUGGAGAGUUGUGAAGAUGACAGCGAGUGCUCAGGGGUGAAGAAGUGCUGUUCCAAUGGGUGUGGGCACACAUGCCAGCUUCCAAAGAAUCUGUACAAAGGUGCUCCACUGAAGCCCAGAAAGGAAUUAAGCUUCACGGAACUUCCCUCUGGACAUUUAGACAUAAAGUGGUCAUCAAAGUUUAACAUAUCUGUGGAACCAGUAAUUUAUGUUGUCCAAAGACGAUAUAACUAUGGAAUACAUCCCAGUGAGGAUGACGCCACCGACUGGACUACUGUUGCACAGACUACAGAUGAGCAUGUUCUCCUGUCAGACACCCGAGCCAGCAGAUGGUAUCAGUUUCGAGUGGCUGCCGUCAAUGUCCAUGGGACUAGAGGAUUCACUGCACCUAGCAAACAUUUCCGUUCCUCAAAAGAUCCCUCUGCUCCCCCUACACCUUCCAGUUUGAGGAUCAGCAACAUAAGCACCACUGCAGAUGGCUCUCUGACAGCAAGAAUCACCUGGGAUCUGCCAGAAGAGCCAGAUAUUCCUGUGCACCAUUAUAAAGUCUUCUGGAGCUGGACUGUCAGUGGGAAAUCCAUGGUGCCAGCCAAGAAAAAAAGGAGAAAGACAACUGCAGGGUCCCAAAACUAUGUGGAUCUGGAGGGUCUCCAGCCCAACAACAGCUAUAUGGUGGAACUGCAAGCAGUAACAUACUGGGGACAAGUGCGACUGAAAAGUGCCAAAGUCUCUCUCCAGUUCAACACAAUGAGAGCAAAUAAUACAAAAGAUCAUUCUCUUGGAUUGCCAAAAAUGAGGAAAAGUGAGCAUGCUUUAAGUUCUAAUCCAGGCAAAAGACUGACAAAUCCUCUUGAAAUUGGGGCACCUUUCUACCAAGAUGGCCUGUUGCAAGUGAAAGUCUACUGGAAGAAGGGUGGAGAUGCCAGCAUUGGCCGUUACCACGUCCAGUGGAUGCCAGAAUCCUGCAUUCACAAUGAAACGAAGGAACCCGAGAAGACUACAACACAGGAAAACUACAUUAAUCUACAAGGACUUCUGUUUUCCUGCAAGUAUAAAGUGACAGUCCAGGGCAUCAAAGCUAAAGGUCGUUCAAAAGCCGAAACCAUGAGCUUUACUACACCCCCGUGUUCAGCUCUCAAAGGGAAAAACCUCAAGCAUAUCAACUGUCCCAUGGAAGGUACUGUCUCAAAAGUUUUAGCAAAACCUGAAAAUCUGUCUGCAACGUUCCUCAUUCAAGAUGGAAACAUUACCGGAAACUUCUUUUGGAGAAUAUCAAGAGCAACUUUACAGCAGCCAGUAACAGGUUUCCAGGUUACUUGGGCAGAGGUCACCACAGAAAGCAGGCAGAACAGCUUACCAAACAGCAUCAUCUCCCAGUCUCAGAUUCUACCUCCGGAUCACCAUCUCCUCACGGUGUCUAAUCUGAGGCCUUCAACAUUUUACCGGCUGGAAGUGCAAGUUCUAACAACAGCAGGAGAAGGUCCAGCAACUGUUAAAACUUUUCAGACUCCAGACAUUCUGCCGGCACUCUCUCACAGACCAAGAUUAAAACACCACCAUCAUCAGCAUCAUAACAAGCCAUCGGCAGAAAAAUACUGACGUGUAAUUCAACCUCCUGGGAUGACAAAUGGUGCUUUACUAAUAGCGCCCGCCACAAAAAAAUAAAAAUGAAAUGAAAUAUAAAAAAAUACCAAGACUGUAUUAUAUUAUACAUGAGGGAAUGGGUGUGCUUCUUGCAUAAUCUCUCCCAAAGUGUUUCCUUCUUGUAAAGGCACACAUCCCCUUCUGCUGUGUGACACCUAUAAAAUAUGUUUUGGCACCCGUAAUUCUCGAUCAUUUUGAUCAAACAUUUUUUUUUUCCUGCCAUGAAUGACGAAUGGCUCCAGCAAUUUGAAGACUCGAGGACCAAUUGUUCCUUUAAAAGGUGUGACCUUUCUGUCUUUCUCCCCAAAACAGACAAUAUAUUUCAUUUGCUUUAAAAAAUGAGUCAAUUAUUACAGUAUAGUCUUUUAAAGUAGUAUAGAAAAAAAGAUAAAAACAAUCCUAAUAAGACUUUUUUCUUAAUUAUUCAGAAGAAGGUGUAUUUUUAUGAUAGUAUGUUGAAAAAGGAACUCAAGAGUCUAUAUAAUACUGAGAUAACAAGUGCCAUAAAGUUUGUGUACAACAGCUACCACCUGUAAUAAUGGCUUUGGAUGAAUCUAUUUAUUACCUUUCAAUAAGUAAUUGUAAGUGGCGCUUAAUAGUACAUGAUAUUGAUGUAUAAUGUUACUAAAGUGUGUGUAGUUUAACUGAAGUUACGACAGUAAUUAGGAUAUUGCAUGUAGCAAUCCAUUUAAUUUAAACUGUAAAUUAAUCUCUGCAGAUUGAAUCAUUUAUGGUUUUGCAUGACAAAACACAGUGUUCUGUUCUAGAGCAUGAAACACAAAGGUCUUGUUACCUCUUCUGAAAAUAUUAACAAAAUGUCAAUUUUACAGAAUCAGUAUCAGAGGAGUCUAUGACAAAAAAUUGUUGACUGUAAUAAUGGAAUGAUAAUUUAGUGUGAAAAUGACAAAUUUAUGUAUUUGCUAAACUGGCUGUAGAAAUCUUGCUUACUUUGCAGUUAUUAUGAGUCAAUAUUUAUUUAUGGAUGUGUUACAGAAUUUUUGUCUGUGUGCAUUUUGGCCCAUUCUUGUUGUCUUUUUGU